AUGUCCAUCUUCCUUCAAUCCGCGCUGCUCGUGUUGUUGAUGUCUGUCGCAACGUCCCAACGACAAAACGACAACAUGAUUGUGGACACUCAACCCCCCAUUCUGAACCUCUUGGAAGGCAACAAGCCUUGCGACUACCCCACUGUUGCGCUGGUGUUUCUGCCGUACUUGGCAGACAUUCAAAACUGCACGACCGACAGCAAAUACCCGCUGGUUCCCCCCGUGUCGUACCCCACGGCCGAGCAGACGCAGGCGUUGUGUAUGCAGCCCACGUGCACGACCGCCCUCAACUCGCUCGUGGCACUGGACUUGCCCAAUUGCACCGUGGCGGUGCCGAACAGUGCUCCUGUGUCACUCGACUUUAUGAUCCGCCGCGUGGUGGCCUCGUGCCAGCCGCCCACAACCACUACGAUCGAGCCGGUGUCCGUUCCAGUGACCACGGCGACUAGCGACGACACCGCGACAGCUGCGCCCUUGGCAACGACAACGUCUUGGGCGGCAGGCCAUUGGCUUCCAACCACCACCGUCGUCGCGUCUGUCGUGCUCUUCGGAUGGGUUUGA